UCGCAUCACUCACCCGAGACUAGCGCGCGGCCGCUCACCCGGGACUAGCGCUCGUUAAUCACCCGAGACUAGCUCGCCUCACUCACCCGGGACUAGCUCGCCUAACCCAAGACUAGCUCGCCUCACUCACCCGGGACCAGCCUUGUGCGCUCUGCCGACACCGCUGCCGGGCUCGCAACACCCUGAGGCAUCGCAGCGUGGACGGUGUCGAGUUAUCACCUCGAGCAAAUGGCUACGUCGCAGCAGAAUUCGAAGAGUGUCAAUGUUUGGCACAAGGAGCUGGCAACCCUUGGUUACGAGGAGCCUCUUCCAGCUCCUAUUCCAGCGGUCCAGGUCGUAAUCUGUGCAAUGAAAGAAUCAAGGCUUCAUCAUUUCAUUCAAGAGCAAGACCUUUUUGCUCUAGCAGAUAUUGAUGACGAGGGCAAUAGUGCGCCUUUGUUACUCACUACUUUAGACCUAUCCGAUUGGACCCAUCUGCUCGUCAUAGCAGGGAAUAACCCGGAGAAUGGUCUUGCGAGAUUACGAUCGGCUCACUCCAAGCUGGCAGAGAUUCUCGAGAAGGACAUCCUGGAUGUGAAGGCUGCUGACAAGAGUGUCCCUCUUCUCGAGAGGGUACUGCAACACGCGAAUUCGGGUGGGACUGGUGCUGCAUUCUCUAGUAAAUUGGAAGAUAUCUCAAGUGCAGAUGAUAAUCAUCCCCUUCUUGCCAAAAUUAGGCUGACCCCUGAUGAACAAGCCGCUUUGGAGCAUUUCAAAGAAGCGCUUCUAGCUUCUUCGUGCGAUGUAAGAAGCCUUCUGCGUCGAAAGUCGGGUAAAAGGUUGACAAUACCCCUGGCUCCACCCAGAUCAGUUGAGCACUCCUUAAUGUUUCGGGGCCAUAAGGCUUGGAACCUACCUUGUAUGAGCCUCUUGGCCCCAAUUACAGUCCACAUGUGGCAGUCAUGGAGCAGAUUGACGAGCCAAGAAGUGGAAGCGUGCCGAAUUCACGCUCUCAACAAUACGGGGCAGAUCAGGGAUCCCGUUCUUCUACCACAUGCGUUUCCUCUCAGCAUCUUCGACCAAAGCAAGUGUUCAAGACCAUCGGUGAAGCUGCACACGAAACAAGAUCUUCCGACCGGCGAAUUUCGCCGAGAGAAGCAUCUAGCUGAAUUCUGGAACUGCGGCCGGCCGUAUUUGAGGUGCUCGUGCAACUCUCAAGCAGCUAACGACGGGGGCUGCGAUGGAAGCGUCAUCUGGUGGGACCACGCAAUGUGGUUCAUGAUCAACAGGUUGGAAUUGUUUUUCGGAGAUGAGUACCCGACGCUCACAUCCAAGCUGGCAGCAUUCUGGAUCUGGAUUUCAUCGUCGGGGAAGGUCGCUGUCAAGAGCCACCUCACAUUCGCGUUCAGAAGGGAUUUGAUGCUGGAAGGAGUCAUAGAAUUCGCUCACAACCAAACAGGGCCUCUCCUGAUGAAGUAUGGCGACGCUGCGGGGGUUCGCAAAAUUGAACGAUACAUCAAACCCGCGAGUUUUUCCCUCAGCAAUCCUACCCCAGCUGCAGGCAACAAAAAACAGAAGAUAAUUAUGAACGCCCACUCAAGCUCGGAUCGGGGAUCUGGCCGAGAAUUUGGACGAGGCGGAUACAACAAGAAUUACCGGGUCGCGGCGAAGAAGGCAGUGAGCCCGUUCGUGGUGUUUGAGAAGGAGCCAUUCGCCGCCGAACUUCAAAAUAUCGACGUAAAACCGGUUCUGAAAAAGGCCAAAGGGUCAUGCGACAGCGAAGUCGUUCAAGAUCAAGCCCUCAAAUCUAAGGAUAGCAUCUGGGAGGACGAGGGCAGUUGAUGAUGAUGCUACUCUCGCCUGCAACGUGAAAUGAGUUUCGGUAUCCCACAUGCUGAUGAAUCAGAUCAUUGCAAGAGCAAGCCCAGUACACAACGAUUUCUGAUAAAGCAAGAGCUUCGUUCAGCAGGUCCUGGAUCUCAACAUGAUGCAUUUCAUCGAUCAGAGCUGGGCAGUGUUGUAGUGUGUUCCAAUUGACAGCCAGUGCUUUCGCCAUAGCUUCUUGUUUUUUUGUGUCUGAAGCAACGCAUCGGCUACGAGCUUCUGCCUCAUAGACUGAGAAAAUUGUAGCAUCGUCUUCUCUAGAAGAAGAAGAAGAUAAAAUUUGGCAUUGACUUCAUCUCUAGAUUUGUCUUUCUUCGGACGAUGCUGCUCUCAAUAGAGCUGUGUAUACAUGAAACGAUGAAACGAAGAAACGAUAGUAGCCA